AUGCAGUCGCCCGCGCCUAAUUCGACAUCGUCGUCAAUGUAUUCGCUCGCAUACCCACAAUACGUGGCCCAACAAUCGUUGUCAGCGACUGCUCCGUUUGAUACGGCAAGAGGUAAGUCCACUCGAUGGCUCAUGCAACCGGACUGGGUGUCCGUUGCCUCCCGUCGCCUCCCGUCGUGCGAUCGGACCGAUCGCCCUCUGAGACCGCCUGGGCGCGGCCAGGUAUCGGAUCGGUGCCACCGCAAGACGGCCCUCAGGCCUCAGCGCUCAGCAGCACGACGACCCCCGAUCAGAGCGUGGACCUCGUUGCAGUCGUCGGAGUACGAUCGGAGUACGAGCUCCGAUGGCUUCGGCACUGACAGACCCUCAUUUCGCCAUCUACAGACUCCAGUGCGGGUCCGAAUCGCAGCUCGAUGGUGCCGCUGCACCAGCGCCAUGGCUCCAUCAGCGGCGGUGGAAGCAAUGCUCUGGCGGCCUCAACCUCUUCCAAUCCAUCCCUUCCUAGAACUACAAUUGCUUCAGGCCCAUACGCACGACCUGCCGAGCCGAUGCCGAUCCAGAGUGCAGCGCUCGAGGCGCCCACAACGCAUUCAGUCAAGGCAAGCAGCACCACAUCCGAGUUCACAAAGCGCAAGAACUGGUCGCAGCACAUUAUCGACGAAAUUCAGGUAUGUUUUUUUUUUUUUGGUUGGAUUGUUGGAUUCUUCCACCUCCGUGGAUGGUUUCGAUCGAGAUCUGAUCGCGCCGUCCGUAUUCGAUUGCCCUGGCGGGAUCCCCUAUCCCACCCUAUCUUUGUUCCUCGAACCCAUCACAGGACUUCAUGCACGUUCUGAACCCAGCGGGGAGCUUUAUGUUUGCGACGCCAUCGAUUCUCGAUCUUUGCGGGUGGUCGCCCGACGAGCUAAUGAAUCGGCCUGUCGCCGACUUCCUCCAUCCCGAUGACGUCGAAGCAUAUCAACGGGACUUUCACCACGCUCUCGAAGAAGGCAAGGACUUGACCCUCUACUGCCGCUUUCGCACCAAAGACGAGCGUUAUGUGCUGUUCGAGAUGACUGGCCAUCCUUACUAUGCCGACCUCAAAGGCGCGCAGACGCCAAAGUGUUUUUUCGCCAUGGGGCGACCAUACCCGAGCAAGAACCAGGCAAUGCUCGACUCGUUCCUGGAGCUCAAGUUUGAGAACGAGCGUUUGAGACAAGAACUACAAGUGAUGUAUCGGGACAUCGAAGGUGGGCCAGCAUCGACCGCAGGUGAGUUGUGUUCAGCACUCGCCGAACACAUGUUUCGUGACCAAGCUUGUGUUGACCGUCUUACCUUCACUUGGUCUGGUCCACCAGGUGAUCGGCCAGCCGGUUACAAUGUUUACGGUAACAAAGCUACGACAGGACCGAAGGGUCCCAGCAGUGUGAUCGAUCCCACGACCGGACUGGUCCAAGCUGGCGGACUCAUCCCCUCCUCCUCGAACACGUAUGGGGCUCUAGGGAUCGGCAUCAGCGCGAACGGGACGAAGGGAGAUGGGGCCCAUGGCGAGAAGAAGAAAAAGGUCAGCUUGAGGCGCUGCUACCUUUUGAUGCCUGCGUUCACCUGGACCGUCCUGACUCGUCAAUCACCUACCUACCUUCUUUGCAUCUCCUUGCGCCAUGGGCCUUUUCGCGACCAGAAGCCAAGAGUCGAGGAGGGCGAAUUCGUAUGCCGUGACUGUGGAACAGUCGACUCUCCAGAAUGGCGAAAGGUAUGUCCGACAAAUGUUAACCCGCAAGUGUAAAGCGCCAUGCGAGGCACACGAGCUGACAAGAGCCAUCCCAUUGGCCGAGCAGGGACCCGACGGACCGAAAUCAUUGUGCAACGCAUGCGGUGAGCAAACGGCUUAUGUCUCCGUGUGGUCGCCCACGAUCCUUGAAAGCGCAGGUUUUGUUGAGCCAGCACCAUUUUACUUGGACAGGUCUCCGAUAUGCGAAGGCGAGCUCCAAGGCCAACAAAGAGAGCAAAGCCGAGAAGGCCAAACCGGACAAGGGCAAGUGA